CGGAUGGAUUCGUGUUCAGAAGAUGUGUCUUCGGGAGAAGUAAACGAACAUGAUGUUUUGGUCGGAUUAGCUGCUCUUCCAGUUGAAGUUUCAGAAAAACGGCCUACUUGUGACAGAUGCAAUCGUCCUACUAGAGUGUGUUUAUGUCCGUUUCUACCAAAAGAAAGAGUAAAAAUAUCUACAACCCUGUACAUAAUACAGCAUCCACAUGAAGAAGUUAGAGUUUUAAGAACAGCACCGAUAUUGGAUAUGUGUUUACAAAAAGAUAGAGUACACAUCAUUAAAGGACGAAGAUUUGCCAGGAAUCAACUUGUUGACAGAGUCACCUCAAAUCCAAAUACUUUACUUCUGUUUCCUUGUCCGGAUGCUGUUGACAUAGAAACAAUACCAACAGAUAAUGGACAGUCCUACAAUUUGAUUCUUAUCGAUGGUACCUGGCCACAAGCAAGAAGCAUAUUUAGCAAUAAUCGUAUAUUUAAAAAACCCAGACCAGUUAAGUUAUCUUUGGAUGUUGUCAGUGAAUACGUGAUUAGAACACAACCUACUGAUGCCGCUCUGUCAACAGUAGAAGCUGCUGCCGUUGCCUUGGUAGCACUAGAAAAGAAACCAGAGUUAAAAGAGAUUCUUGCCAGACCUUUGCGAGCAUUGUGUGACUUUCAGUUACAGCAUGGAGCCGUGCCUCAUGUUAGUAAAGAGUACCAGAAGAAAAAUGGACUUUACAAAAAACAGACAAGACAAGAAGAUGAGAGAUGAUUGUUAAUCAUGAUGUAGUGAAACAGAGACACUGAUUUAAAACUGAUACAAUCUGUGGUUAAUGAAAUCACCAUUGAUACAGUACAGUCUUUUAGAUGGGCCGAGUAUUCACACAAUUACUGCCCACCAGUUUGUCUGGGACAGGUAACUUUCCAUUUGGGCUAGUAAAAAUUAAAACUUACAUAAUACAACAUAAUUUUCUUUGUCUGGUUAAACUAAAGUAAAUUUAUGAAAAAACAAUUAUUAAGAUUCUCGCAAUUUUGAGAAAUUUCAAAUACUGUAUACAUCAUUGAGAUUUGAGACUUGAGAAAUUGAGUCAGACUCAAAAACAAGAUGUUAAGUUUUGCAAUUGAGCAUUCUGAUUGGUCAAGUAACACUAAUAGGAUUUUAAGAAACAUUUUCUUGGAGGUAAAAAUCAAUACAAGACAUAAAAUUAAACACUCUGCAUUUUUUGUAAAAAUGACAUUUGAAUAUGAAGGCAAAAAAUGAGGAAAAUAUUUGUUCUUGUACCAUUUUGAGGAAUAUUUAUUUAAAGUUUUUGUAUAAAACUCCCUCCCCCAAAUAGUCCUUCCACAAGUGAAACAACAUGAUAGUGACAGGGUACUUCUAACCACCACCUUGAGUGUCCUUCUGUAUUUUGGUCUAUGCUCUUAUAGUUUUGAAUAUUGUUAUUUACAGCUUUUCAUAUUGAAAAGAUUUUAUAAAGAAUACAAAUUUACAUUCUAACUAAUACCAAUAUAGAUAAACAAUGUGAUAAUAAAUUGUUUUUUUAAUUAAAAUAGCAUGACUAUGAUAUGCAUGGAACAUCUAAGCUAUUACUAAUUGUAUCCAGUAAUUAUAUUGACCAUAAUGCAAUAGCUGUAUACACAGAAAGUGAUUUCUGACCCUCACUGUGUUCAAAACUCAUAAUCACACUACUCGGUGCAAGAUGAUUUACUUGACACUUGCUGUUCAUUGUUGUUGACAUUUGCUUAGCAUGGACUAAAUCACAAUUUUGCCUCUCUCUCUUACAUGCAAUAGGCAACCCCCCCCUAAUUUCACAUUAUUGCAUAUUGUUUAAUCUAAUCCCAUCAAUUGUCUUCUACCUGCAUGUACUUUCUCCUAAGAUUUAGAAUUCUCAGAUAUUUUGCACGACAGUCUCCGGAGUGCAUCACCUGUUUUGUUAUUAAUAGUAGUGCACCAAAUCAAAUCAAAAAUGUCUAUCACUCACUUUUUUAGCUCAGCUGUCGACUUUGUCGAGCGGAGCUUAUCAUAUGAGUGAUUGUCCGUCGU